UAUCUGGUACUUAAAAUUCUUUUCUUUUGUCAGGUCAUCAUCCAUGUAGGUUUGGAACAUGGCAACAUCCUUCUACUGUGAAACCCAACUUCAACUUUGCCAUGUAUGAUGCUGCACAAAAGAGAUGGGCUUCCAGAGUUGUAGCAUCAGAAGCUAACAGCAAAAUCAGCAUUGGACCACAUAGAAGUGAAGCAGGGGAGGACAGUGAAGACACUGGCAUCGUUUAUCACGGUCCAAUUUCAUCCACAAUCAAGAAAGUAAAACUUCUGUCUCUCUCCACCUGCUGCCUAUCUGUGUCGCUGGGCCCUGUCAUAACUUUUAUGACUGCACCCGACAUGAAUGUCAUUCUGAAGGGAGCAGUUGCAUCCUCUGUCAUAUUCCUCAGUGCUACUACCACUGGAGCCCUUCAUUGGUUUGUGAGCCCUUAUGUUCACAGGCUCAGGUGGCAGCCAGGCUCAGAUAGCUUUGAGGUUGAGAUGAUGACAUGGUUGGCUACAUUCGUUUCAAAGACAAUCAAGUUUGCAGAUAUCAGGCUUCCGGAGACCAACAGGCCUUUCGUGACAUUCAAGGCCAAUGGAGAAUUCUACUUCAUUGACUCUGAGCACUGUCAUAACAAGGCUCUAUUAGCAAGGCUAACUCCACAGAAAUCUGAGUCAGCAUUUAAGAACUUGUAAUUUUUGAGAUAGAGAGAUUAAACUUCAUGGCAAGGAUCAAACAGUUGAGCUUAAGUUCUAUAGGUAUGGGUUGUGAGUUUGGUUUCUUCGGUGGUUGUUUUUGGAGAUCCAGAGAGAACACAUGAGACAUUGUUGCGGAAAUAAGUCAGUUUAAUUUCCACCAUUAUUUUGGGUUAUGGUUUGAACAUCUGGAUCUUUAGCACCAGAUCCUGGCUAUAGCUAGAGGAAAUUCUGUCCAGUUUUUAAGCU